CAGAGUGGCAAAAUGAUGGUUCUCCGAAGCCUUUUCGCUUUAUCUUUCCUAGUGUCCUCCUCCAACGCAGUAGAUUUCUGUGUCGAGGACUUAGAUGCUAAUCAAGGCCCUGCCGGCUACUCUUGCAAGAAGGCCGAAACAGUCACUGUACACGAUUUCAUAUUCUCCCUCGGUGCCACAGGCAACACUUCGAACCUCAUUAAAGCUGCCGUGACACCAGCCUUUUCGGCUCAAUUCCCUGGUAUUAACCGACUUGGCAUUUCAGUAGCCCGUCUGGAUUUGGCUGUUGGUGGUCGGGUGCCUGUGCAUACACACCCCGGGGCGUCGGAAAUACUCAUUAUUCAAGGCACAAUUUGUGCUGGAUUCAUAUCCUCAACCAACAAAGUUUACUUCAAAUCUCUCAACGAGGGAGACGCCAAUCACGCCAUAGCUUUUCCACAAGGUUUAAUGCAUUUCCAAAUCAAUAUAGGUAAAAGUAGAGCCUUGGCAUUUGCAUCCUUCGGCAGUGCAAACCCAGGAAUAUAUACCAUGGACUAUGCCUUGUUUGCAAAUAACUUGCCCACUGACAUACUACGAGAGACUACUUUUCUCGAUCCUGAUCAGUUUAAGAAGCUGAAGGGUGUUUUUGGUGGAACUGAUUAAGAUAUCUAAAUUUUUAGAGUUUUACGUCUUCCUUAAAUUUCGUGCUUCCUUAUUUGUUUGUCUUCUUGUCUGUCGUCGUUUCUUUGAAUAGAACUAGCAAUAAAGUGAGUCUUGUUGUGAACUAUGUAA